CCGCACAUUUCUAAAGUUACAUGAAACUCAAGAAAUUGACAUUCCAUUACUAUCUGUAUUUCUUGUAUUCAAAUGCAGUUCAUGCUUCUUCGCGAGAUGAUACCUCUCUCUCUCAAAACAAUGCUGCUGCAAACAUAUCGAGAGAUUUAACAGAACUAUCUGAUAAUAUUAGUGAACUAAUGGAAAACUCGGGUGGUAAUACCAAACAAAGUGAAGCACAGGGUAAUACAAGUAGUAGUAAGUAUGAAGAUAUAUUCACCGAAGAAAUAAAAAAAGAGCAAGCGGAAGCCAAUAGACAAUAUGAUGCAUUUGAGAAUGAAUCAACAAAAGGGCUAGAUCUAAUCACAUAUGUUACAAAGGAGCUAAAGGUAUUCUGGUACACAGGGCAAUGUAAAAGGAAUUAUGGAGAGAAAUGUCCCAAAGAUUGGAACUAUAAAGGUGAAAAUAUUUGUUCUGCACCGGAAGGAUAUAAUGGACAAUGUAAUACCGUUAAAGACUUUAGCAAUCUGGAAAUAUACGAAAAGAAGGAAUUUGCCUGGAAAUGCGUAGCAGAAUGGCCAUGCACGAGUGAAACUCUUCUGGAAGAAGACUUUCAAUGUCCAGCUGAAUGGGUACCAAUAGAAAACAAUUUAUGCCUUGCACCACAGGAUUAUAGAGGAAAGUGUCCCCCUAUAAUGGAUUUUUCGAGAUUCAAUAAAUCAGAAAAGGCAGAACUGGAGCAAAGAUGUCAAGUCCGAUGGAAGAGAUUAGAACAACUAACCAAAGUUGGAGAAAGUCUCUUGUAUAGUAUCAAGAUGAAACUCAAUGGUGCGAUAAGGGAUGGCAUUAUUUAUCAGAUUUAGCACUAUCUUCAAGAUUU